GCGACGCCCGGCCCCGUGCCAUCCCCGGCCACCCUGCCCUCGCCUUGGCGCCAGAGGCUCCGCCGUCCCCGCUGCCGGCCCGCGGCGCAGAGGCGGACCCCGGACGCCACCCACCAGAUGCCCCGCGGCUCGCUGGCCCCGACCCCGCCCGGGUCCUCGCCCCUCUCUGGCGGCCCCACCCUUGCAUCCCGCCCCCGCUGGCCAGUGCGGGCGGCUCCGCCGACGACGCCCCAGCUUUCCCUGGAUGAGGAGCACACACCCCCUCUCCUGCUGGAAGACUGUGUGUGGAAACCGUGGCCAUGGCGUCGAUGCCAGAUCCCGUGACCUUCCGAGAGUUCUGUCCACUGUACCAUCUCCUCAACGCCAUCCCCGCCAAGGUGCAGAAGGGCUUCCGCUCCCUGGUGGUCUACCUCACGGCGCUCGACGCCAAUGGGGACUACAUCGCGGUGGGCAGCAGCAUCGGCAUGCUCUACCUGUACUGCCGCCGCCUCAGCCACAUGAGGAAGUACAACUUUGAGGGGAAGACGGAACCCAUCACCGUGGUGAAGCUGCUGAGCUGCUUCGAUGACCUGGUGGCAGCCGGCACCGCCUCUGGGAGGGUCGCAGUGUUCCAACUCGUGUCCGCACUGCCAGGGAGGAACAAGCAGCUUCGGAGAUUUGACGUCACCGGGGUGCACAGAAACAGCAUCACGGCACUGGCCUGGAGCCCCAAUGGGAUGAAACUGUUCUCGGGAGAUGACCGAGGGAAGAUCGUGUAUUCCUUUCUGGAUCUGGACCAGGGGCUCUGCAACUCGCUCCUGGUGCUGGAGGAGCCGGCGUCCAUCGUGCAGCUGGAUUACAGCCAGAAGGUGCUGCUUGUGUCCACCCUGCAGAGGAGUCUUCUCUUCUACACCGAGGAGAGGUCUGUCCGGCAGAUCGGGACACAAGCAAGGAAGAGUACUGGGAAAUUUGGUGCUUGUUUUAUACCAGGACUGUGCAAGCAGAGCGACCUUACCCUGUAUGCGUCCCGGCCUGGGCUGCGGCUGUGGAAGGCUGAUGCGCACGGCACUGUGCAAGCCACCUUCAUCCUGAAGGACGUCUUUGCGGGCGGGGUCACGCCCUUCGAGCUGUACCCUCGUGUGGAGCCCGAGGACAGGGGGGGCUGCGGCUCGCCCGAGAAGCACCUUGGGCUGGUGUCCUGCUUCUUCCGGGAGGGCUGGGUGCUGAGCUGGAACGAGUACAGCAUCUACCUUCUGGACACUGUGAGCCAGGCCACCAUUGCUGGUUUGGAAGGAUCUGGUGAUAUUGUGUCUGUUUCCUGCACAGAAAAUGAAAUCUUCUUCUUGAAGGGAGAUAGGAACAUCAUUAGAAUUUCGAGCAGGCCUGAAGGACUAGCGUCAGUAGCAAGGGAUGGCCUGGAGGUGGUGAGACGUCCCGAACAUGUCCAUGCUCAGUGUCCGGAGAAGCCCCCAGGGGUGGCUGCCUUGGAGACGAAGCUCAGAGGCUCCUCCCUGGCCAGCUCGGCAGCCAGCGAGCCCCGGAGCAGGAGCAGCUCACUCGCCUCCACCGACAGCGGCUCCAGCCUGUUGCCGCCUGAGCCCCCAGCCGCCCCGGAGCCCAGCAAGGGUGGCCAGCCCACCCAACAGAGAUUUAGUGCCAUCAGCUUGGAGGACUUCGAGCAGGAGCUGGUCGUGAAGCCCAUCAGGGUGAAGAGGAGGAGGAGGAAGAAGAAGCCAGAAGGUAGAAGCAGUGAUGCUGGUCCCAGCUCCCUGGAGCUGACUCCCUGCUCUGAGCUCUCUGGUGGCAGCCCAAGGUCUCUGAGCAUAGACCAGCUGUCGGUGGCCUCAAGUAUCCUGGGCAGCAGUGUGGACCAGCUGAGCACGGAGUCACCCGACCGGGAAACCAGCCUUGGAGGCAGCGAGGUGAAUGGUGUCUUGCUGGAAAAUAAUGAUGCUGAAACGUUUAGUGUCCUGGAGGUGCCUGAAUCUGUCCCUGAUGUACUGGAUGAAGACGACGUUGCCACUGAACUUCCACAGUGUCACCUUGCGUGCAAGCUGGCGCCGCUCCCUGGGGUGUUGAUGUUGCCCUUGCUCCCAAGGGACGGUGUGGAAGGUGGAAGUGACCAAGGACACAAAGAACAUCCUGUUCCUGUGAACACUGAGCCCAGCCCCGGGCGAGUGCUCUGCCCAGGCCAGGCCAGCUCUGUCCAGACCCCCGAAGGGGAGGACGUGGAGGCCAAGGGCCCCCAGAGCCCCUCUCCAGAACCCCCGCUCCUGGACUUGCUCAUGGCGACUCCCAGCUCCAGCUGCGCCCCGGCGGCAGCACAGUGGCUGUCAGAGAUCUUGACUAUAGAGGGCACGGAGCGGGCCAGCAAAGAACAGGAUGGCCCCGACCACCUCAGCGCAGACCCCUGGCCUGCUGUCUCUGACAGUGACACAGGGGAGAAGGAAAUGGCCACUUCCAAAGGUGACAGGGGUGGCGAGGGGACCCUGGUGACUCCCCUGAUGACCUCCUCGGCGGUCAGCACCCACGAGCCUUGGCUCGAGCCGCCUUCCCAGGACCCAGGCUUGACAUCCAGCGAUGAGGAGGACAUCUACGCCCACGGACUGCCGUCUUCCUCCUCAGAGACUAGUGUGACAGAGCUCAGAGCGGGUUGCUCCCUGCAGGACCUGAGCCAGCCAGGGACAGACGACCCCACCCUGCUCAAGUCGGAUCAGUUUGCAGAGAGCUGGAUGGGCUACUCCGGCCCUGGCUACGGCAUCCUCAGCCUGGCAGUCUCUGAGAAGUACGUCUGGUGCCUGGACUACAAGGGUGGCCUGUUCUGCAGCGCGCUGCCGGGGGCCGGGCUGCGCUGGCAGAAGUUCGAAGACACUGUCCAGCAGGUGGCGGUGUCGCCUUCAGGAGCCCUGCUCUGGAAGAUCGAGCAGAAGUCCAACCGUGCUUUCGCGUGUGGGAAAGUUACCAUCAAGGGCAAGCGGCACUGGUAUGAAGCACUGCCCCAGGCCGUGUUCGUGUCCCUGAGCGACGACACGGCCUGGAUCAUCAGGACCAAUGGUGACGUGUACCUGCAGACAGGCCUCAGCGUGGAUCGCCCCUGCGCCCGCGCUGGGAAGGUUGACUGUCCCUACCCGCUGGCCCAGAUCGCUGCCCGGAACUGCGUGGUGUGGGCGCUGACAGAGCAGAGGGCCCUGCUGUACCGCGAGGGCGUGAGCAGCUUCUGCCCCGAGGGGGAGCAGUGGACAUGUGACAUCGUCAGUGAAAAGCAAGCCCUGGAGCCUGUCUGCAUCACUCUCGGGGACCAGCACACCCUCUGGGCGCUGGACAUCCGGGGAAAGCUGUGGUUCAGGACCGGCGUGGUGCCCAAGAAGCCGCAAGGAGACGAUGACCACUGGUGGCAGGUGAGCAUCACCGACUACGUGGUGUUUGACCAGUGCAGCUUAUUCCAGACCAUCAUCCAUGCCACGCACUCGGUGGCCACAGCGGCCCAAGCGCCCGUGGAGAAGGUGGCGGACAAACUGCGCAUGGCAUUCUGGUCCCAGCAGCUUCAGUGCCAGCCCAGCCUGCUGGGGGUGAACAGCAGCGGCGUCUGGAUCUCCUCAGGCAAGAACGAGUUCCAUGUCGCCAAGGGAAGUCUCAUAGGCACCUACUGGAGUAAUGUCGUUCCCCGGGGGACAGCGUCUGCGACAAAAUGGGCCUUUGUGCUGGCUUCUGCGGCUCCCACCAAGGAAGGGAGCUCCCUGUGGCUGUGCCAGAGCAGCAAGGACCUGUGCAGCGUCAGCGCCCAGAGCGUGCAGUGCCGGCCAUCCACAGUGCAGCUGCCGCCCGACGCCGAGAUGUGCGCCUACGCCGCCUGCCAGGAUGCGCUGUGGGCCCUGGACAGCCUCGGGCAGGUGUUCAUCCGCACGCUGUCCAAGAGCUGCCCCACCGGCAUGCACUGGACGAAGCUGGACCUCUCCCAGCUAGGAGCCGUAAAGCUGACCAGCUUGGCGUGUGGGAACCAGCACAUCUGGGCCUGUGAUUCCAGGGGCGGAGUUUACUUCCGGGUCGGGACCCAGCCUCUGAAUCCCAGCCUGAUGCUCCCAGCCUGGAUCACCAUCGAGCCGCCCGUCCAGCCCACCGGAGUCACCCUGGUCAGCGUCCACGCCAGUCCCAACGACCAGAUGCUGUGGGCACUUGACAGCAGGUGGAAUGUGCAUGUCCGCACCGGGAUCACCGAGGAGAUGCCUGUGGGCACUGACUGGGAACACGUGCCAGGGUUGCAGGCCUGCCAGCUGGCACUGAGUACCAGGACCGUGUGGGCCCGCUGUCCCAAUGGCGACCUUGCCCGCCGCUACGGUGUCACAGACAAAAACCCUGCUGGCGACUACUGGAAGAAAACCCCUGGAAACGCGUUGUGUUUCACAGUGACCUCGUCAGACGAGCUGUGGGCAGUGGGCCCCCCCGGCCGCCUCCUCCAGCGGCUCACGAGGACAUUCAGCCACGCACAUGGCACCCUGAGGAGCAGCCAGGCGGCCACCCCUCACCCUGAGGACCUGGAGGACGAGUGGGAGGUCAUCUGAGGGCCGCACCCGGCCAGGAGAGGCCCCAGUGCUGGGCCCCACGGCACGUGGGAGCUGGCCUGGUGACACCUGUCCACACCCGGCCGCACCAGCACCCACUCUUGUCACCCACCUUGUCUCUGUCCUGUUCGAGAACCCAUGGCCUCAGCUGGGUGUCCAGAGCUGUCACUGCAGCGGCAGCACCUGUGGCCUCUUUCGAGGUCGCCUCCAAGUGGGGACAGGGCUGCUGCCCGGUUGCAUGCAUAGCCCCUCCCGUGCAGUCAGGCUCUGGUCACACCUGAGCCCGAGUGUGGGAGACGAGGGAGCCUCCAAGGUAGGAGGAUCUAGGGCUGUGGGCAGGGACACUGUGACAGCAGUGCCAGGUGAUGGGGGUGCAGGUCGGCACUCCCGACAUCGUCACAGGUCCCUGUCCCUCCCUGAGAUGCAGCACCUUGGCACACUCCACACUGGGCCAGGCAGGACCAGGUCAUCCACAUUUGUGGCACUGGGCUGUGUACAACAACACAGUGCCACAUGCCUCUGUCACCUGCCGCCCCACCACCAGGGCUAUGGGUGCCAGGGACAGGAGUCACACACCCCUGCCGGGCUGGCAACGAGCUGUGAAACACCGUGGGAGUGAGGCUGAACUGGUGCGCUGUGGCCCUCAUGAAGCCAGACAUCCUCCGAGCGGGACUGCUGACUAUAGCCUUUGUGUUUGUUUUAUUACAAACCCACGUGAGAUACCUCAUCUGAAAUCGAAUCUUACAGAGAAACACAUCUUCUGGAAGUUAGGAGGCCUCUGGUCUCUCCCCAUGCUCUGUCCUGCGCCUGUCUAGCCUGCCGCCCUCGGGGCCUUGGGUCCGCACCCUGGCACUGCCCUCUGGCACUCAAGCCCCAGCCUGGGGCUGGGCCAGUCCUGGCUGCCAAGGCUGCUUUUUUUAGCCACCUCUGCCUGGCGACACUCGAUGCUUCUGCUGGGUGAGCCAUCAGAGCCCCAGCCACGGGCAGUGGCAACACACAGCCUCUGACAGGGCCACCAGCCACGCAGGGGAGGGUGAGAGGCGGCGGCCAGCUCAGGCCACCCUGCACCUCCACAGAGCCCUCCCAGGAGUCAUCAGCGCUCUGCCCUCCCAGCCCCGGGGACGUUAGUGCAAUUAAGCCAAGUCUGUGGAUUCUUUAAACUCCUUUUACCUUAAGUGCAGUGUGCAGUUUUCUUCAGUUGUGCUUUGAGAUGUGCAAUAAACUUGACUUUUCCCAGACCUGGGUGAGUCUGGCCCGGAGCUGGGAGGAAGCCCCCUCUGAGGGCCCAGUUGGGGACCUUGACCUGACCAGUGCUGCACCCCUCGGCGGGCACAGGCUGUCUCCCCACAGCCAAGAGCAGCUCUGCAGGUACAGUGAGCAAAACCUAUACCGGAAGUGCAUUAUGGGAACCAGCGUUUGAAGCGUCACAUCCAAGGCCCUGCACAGCGACCUGAGUGAGGAACGUCAGACCUUGUCAAGAGACGGUGAGGCCGACAGGACGUGAAGCCUGAGGGGCCAGGCAUGGUGUGCACACCUGCAAUCCUAGCGCUCUGGGAGGCUGAGGCAAGAUCACACGUCUUACCCCAGCUUGGGCACAGCAGUAUCAGACAGGUUAAAGAAAUUUAAAGUUAGAGGAAGAGACAAUCUCUGAGUCAUUGAUGGCAAGAGCUUCCUAAACUCACAGUUUAAAAAAGGGCUGGGGAUAUUGUUCAGUACAAAGGCCGUGGGUUUAAUCCUCAGUACUGAAAACGAAAGAGAGCAAACCUGAUUAAAAUGGGACUCGUUGACACUCCGGAACAGAGUAAGCACACGGCACCAAGACACUGUCUUCGGCCAGGGCUUGAAGGCGUAGCUUGCUGUGCUCCGCGUCCACACCUGGAUGCUCUCCUGUGCAGCAGAGGCAGGAGGGCCCCAGACCAGGCGAAUGUGUGGCCAGCGCCUCGAAGCUGCAUGCACCUCCCUGGGCUGAGCCCAACUCAAAAGUGGUGUCACUUGCCUGGGGACACAGGUGGCGCAGGACCUGAAGCUCAGCUUCGAAGAACUGCAGGCCUGUGCUGCUGGGUGACACCACAGGAGGUGAGCACUGCAGGACCAGUGACAGGAGCCCCAGGUGGGCGAGGGCCACACUGCGCAGGUGAGGUCCACAGGAGUCUCACCGGACAGCAGGGAGCACAGUGGACAGAGCGGCAACUUCACAGCUACUGCCAUCACUGCUUGCUUCUGGGGGCAAAGGAAUAGAAAUGGAUUCAAGAAAUUUAAAACUGGGGGCAUGCCAUCUCUGACUUACUGAUGGCAGGAGCUUUCUGAACUCAAAAUUGAUGGGGCCAGGCAUGGUAGCACAGGCCUGUCAUCCUAGCACUUGGGAGGCUGAGGCAGGAGGAUCGCCAUGAGUUCAAGGGCAGCCUGAACUACUAUAUAGCAAGACCUUGUCUCAGAACAAAAAGCUGGAGAAAGCAAUUGAAAAUCCAUACAGAUCUGAUCAGAGGUCCUGUGGAGGCCGGUCAGUGGCAGAACACCUGCCUAGUGUGCACAAGCCCCAGAUUUGAUCCACUGCACCGUGUGCAAGUGUGGCGUUCGUGUUCACCUCUGAAUCACCCAGACCUGCAGGGGCAGGUUCUAGGCCUGGCGCGGUUAAAAUGUUCACCUCCAGGGUUCCAGGGAGGGGGCACAUCUGGCACUGGCACAGGGGCAUUUUAGGGCACUGAGAUGCAAGUGUGAACAAAGGCAAAAACACUGCACAACCAUCACAGACACCUGGCACCCACAUGGGGACCAUGGAGUGGGAGGGGACCCACUCAUGCAGCCCGCUGGAGAAGCCACAAGCCCCACCCUGGAAGUCUGUCCCCAGGAAGUCUCGGUAGGGGACACAGGCACUGCUGUGUGCCAGAGGCACUGCGCGCAGGACCCGGGAAGGUGUUUGUCCUGCCUCAUGGCAGGUUUGAAACUUCCCAUGGUUCCAGGGGCCAUGGUAACAGGUCCUCCACUUGGGACAAGAAGCUGGUGUCACGGUGUUUGCUUGUAAGCAUACACCUUUUCGUAUCUGUUGAAUUUUGAGCCACGUAAAUAAUUUAUUUAUUCCAAAAAUAAAUUUACAUUUUAAAAAUUCA